AUGACUCGCGGUAAUCAGCGCGACAAGGCGAGGGAGAAGAACCUCAAGGAGGCGGCCAGCCAUAAGAAGAAAAAUGAAAUGAGUGGGACUGAGUAUGCUCGUACUAAGGAGGCUCAGGCUGAAAUCAUGCGGAAGAAACAAGAAGCCGGUUCGUAG